AAGUUUCCCCAGAGCCAGAGGGCACCGGGCGGGCGCGGCUGAGCCUGCACCAAUGCCUGUGGGUUCUGCGUCGCCCACCUCCUCGCCCUCCCCUCUGGAGCACGCGACUGGCCAAUGACAGCCUUCCCCUGGCUGCCUGGCUUUCUCCCCUCCCCUGCUGUCUCUACCCUACCCCAGCUCUUCCCUCCGCGCCCCUCGGCUGGCUGGGCUCGCCUCCCCGGCGCGCUGGGCUCCCGGGGCGCACAGCCCGGCGUUAGCGAGCGGGCGCGGGGCACACGGCUCUCCCGGCCCCGGCCCUCGCCUGGCUGCUCCAGGCUCCCGCUCCUCCGGCUGUCACCGAGGGGGCUUCUGAGCCCGAGGACGGUGGUGUCAACCGAACUUCAUUUUCAAAGGGAACCAGUAGGUGAGAAGACGAGCGAGGGCGAGCUAUGGACCCCGUGAGCCAGCUGGCCUCAGCGGGCACCUUCCGGGCGCUGAAGGAGCCUCUUGCCUUCCUGCGAGCCCUGGAAUUGCUUUUUGCAAUCUUUGCAUUUGCAACAUGCGGUGGCUAUUCCGGAGGCCUGCGGCUGAGUGUGGACUGCGUCAACAAGACAGAAAGUAACCUCAGCAUUGACAUCGCAUUUGCCUACCCAUUCAGGUUGCACCAGGUGACGUUUGAGGUGCCUACCUGCGAGGGAAAGGAGCGGCAGAAGCUGGCAUUGAUUGGUGACUCCUCGUCCUCGGCAGAGUUCUUCGUCACCGUCGCUGUCUUCGCAUUCCUCUACUCUUUGGCUGCCACUGUCGUUUACAUCUUCUUCCAGAACAAGUACCGGGAAAACAACAGAGGCCCACUCAUUGACUUCGUCGUCACUGUAGUCUUUUCAUUCUUGUGGUUGGUUGGUUCAUCAGCUUGGGCAAAAGGGCUGUCUGACGUCAAGGUCGCAACAGAUCCUCAGGAAGUAUUGCUACUGAUGUCAGCUUGCAAACAGCCAUCCAACAAGUGCAUGGCUGUCCACAGCCCCGUGAUGUCCAGCUUAAACACUUCUGUGGUGACAGGGAUGCUAAAUUGGAUUCUUAAUUUAUAAAAUAUUUGGUUUGUGUUCCAAAGUACAUUCGGGGCCCUGAUAAACGGAAAACACUACCUGCCCCGGUUGAGAGAGAGACAUGCCUCCACNNNNAAUCAAGGCGGUUACAACCAAGACAGCUAUGGGUCCAGCAGUGGGUAUGGCCAGCAGGCAAGUUUGGGGCCAUCCUCAGAUGAGUUUGGCCAACAGCCUAGUGGCCCCACUUCCUUUACCAAUCAGAUUUAACAGAGUAGCAUUCGCAUUCUUCUGGAGAUAGCCUCACCACUUUCCGUUUCAGUGGCAGAAGAAUUUUUUAAGAGUUUCAAUCAAUUAUUAAUGCAGAGAGUAUUGAAUGUAAAUCAGAGAUCUGUAGUCCUCAUUAAGGCAGAAAGGCCUGGGUUGUGAUAAAUGGUAUUUAGAGAUGAGAUGACAUGAGGAAAUAUAUUAUUCAUCAUAGAUAGCUAAUUGGAGAGUACCUUGUCAUAUACACAGAUACUUUUAUGGUCGUUUGUAUGUGUGUUGAGAUAAUAGAAACGUUUUGUAGCUUAACGUCUCUAGUAUGUAAUAUGCAUAAAGUGUAUUAAAUAGCAUUGAGUUUUCCUAUGCAUUUUGAUGCAAAAGAUGUUACAAUGAUUUCUAGAAGACAAUUUGGUGUAUCACAACAAGCAUGUCUUAUUAUUUUUUAGUUUUAGGCCCUGUGGAACUGUGAGUCUCUAAGUAUUUGCUUCAGACAAUUACUCUGUAUUUGUUUUUUACUUGAUGAAUCAAUGCUCAUAUGAUUUAGUGCAUGAAUAAGCAUUUUCUCACACAAUGAACAUUUGAACUGCAUUUAUGAAAAUUUUCCAGUUUGCACCAUGAAUCUGUUAAAUGGACAUUUAAAGUAAUAUAUUCACUACUUUGUAUACUUUGCAAAUUUGUCUCUCUGGCUUUACUCAAGUUCUGAAUGCAUUGUAACCAAGAUUUGGGUUUUUAUCCCCUAUUAGUAGACAUUCAGUGUUACAUAUGGUUACUUCCCAAUAUUUAUUCUGUUUACUUAGCUAAAUAUUUACAUUCUUGUAACCUUGUAGUGUUUUGUGGCUCUUAUCUUGUGGACCAUAAAUAAUAUGGCCCAAUAACUGUUUGUGUGUAUGGAGUGCUUUCUUAGCAUAAUGGAGAUGUAGAUAUAGAUACCAUAGUCAAGAUGCUGCCAUGCUAAAGUAUUAAUUUACAAAGGAUAUUCAUUCUCUAGCUAAUAUUUACACUACCAGCUAAACUUUUAAAUCCUAUUUUUUGUAAAGCUGAUAUGUUCCUCAAUCUAAUUAUUAAAAAUUCUCGAGUCACAGCUAAACUUACUGAUUACUAAUUCUGAUUUGAGUAUAACCCAUGAAUUAAAAAUGGCUUCCAAGUGCCACUCUGUAUCCCAAAGGAGUUUCUCAUGAAAUAUUCCCCAGAAUGUAUUCAUUGUAAAGAAAAUGCCAAUCUUCGCCUCUUUGCUUUAACUUAAUUGAAAUACCAGGGCCCAACAGAGAGAACAAGCUGAGCAUCUGUAUUUCUAGAUAAAAGUUGUUAUCAAUGUAUAAACUCUUUGUGUGAUUGGUGAUGUUGGAAGCAUUUUAGCACAAAACAGCCUUGUGUCUUAGAUGAUAUCUGUAACCAAUUUCUAGAUCUUGUUGGAUAAAUCUGUAUUGUGAUAUCUAUUUGACCUUAAUAAAGUUAUUGCAUACA